CCGGGUGGCAUCUUCAGUUGGGCAUUCGACUUCGUAAGAUUAACAGUUUUAAAAGAGUUUUAACCGCGAGGAUAUCACGCCAAGGUGUUACUUAUUAUUUUUUCAAGUUUUUAUUAACGCUUUAGAUUUUUUUUUAUUUUAAAUUAUCACAAGAUAAAAGAAGAUAAUAAUGCGAUUGUCUACGGUGUUUGAGUUGCUGCUGAUUUUUUUAUUAAUAGCCUUCGCUGCCUAUGGAAGAGUUAUCGACCGAGAUGAAGUUUCCAGUUUGCGAAGAGUCAUCAGAGCUACCGAAGGAAGAGCAAAACAAGGAAAUUUGGGUGUUUCUAUUUUAUCAUUAAAUCAAGCUACGGAAAAUUUGAAUAAAUAUUGCACUUGCGAUAGAGAUGUUUGCCAAUGUUGUCGCGAUUUUCAUAUUCCUGUUGUUUCAUUAAAAGGACCAGAUACAGCGUUAAAAAAAAAUAAUGGCUGUGCUUCUAUAAGAUACUUUGAGAAAGAUAACUUGGAACUACAAUUAAGUUUCGGUGAUAAUCUUUUGACAAGCACCGUCGUUCAUGGUAAAAAAUCGCGUACAAUUUGUGUACCAAUGCCGGGUGGUUACUCGAAAUUUUGCGGAAGAAUAUAUUCUAUUGAACGAGAAUCAGAUGAUAAUUUCAAGGCGUGCCUUGGAUUAGAAUUACAAUCAAGUUAUGAAGUUGAAGCAUCACUUCGUGUUAGUUGCUUCAGCUUUGGUCCAGAUGGUUUAAAAUUACGUCCUGCAGAAGCAUUCCCCCCGUCUAUAUUGAAUGUAAAUGAUGAUGAUGACGAUGACGAUGAUGAUGAUGAUGAUUUCGGUUCCUUCUUGGGUUUGUCCGAUGACAGUGACAACAAAAAAGAUAUUAAUCAAUUGCCAUCAAAAAAUACCGCAGUUGCCGGAUCAAAUCAACAAUCUGAUGAUGAAGAUGAUGACGACGACGACGACGACGAUGAUGAUGAUUAUUCAUUAGGUUUAGAUGCGUUUCUUGAUAUAAUUACCGAUGACGAUGAAACUGAAAAGAAGAAGCCAUCUACUGCUUCCCCAUUGUUGUUAACUGUUCCAACUAUCAACAAACCGACAACAGCAAAACCAGUAGUAAGCCGCACAACUACUAAAGCACCUAAACUUGAAGCCGAAACUUCGACGGUCGCCGUCAGUCAAGAAGCACUUGGGCUAACUAGUGAGACGGAAAGUUCAACUGAGAUUUCUUUGAAAAACGCUACGGAACCAAGCGCUGAAGAAGAACCGAUGACUGAAUCAAGUGUUACUGAAUUAGCUUUAGAAAUCAGCUCCAGUACAAGUGAGACAACUGAUGAAAAUAAGACAGAGCAGCCAUUAGAAGCUGCAGCGUCGAAUGACAAUAAACAAGUGGUUAAAGUAAAAAAAGUUCCAGUGAUUAAAAAAAUAAUUGUCGGUGUUACUGAUAAAAAAACGAGUAUUACUUCAAAUAGCGCUAAUGCUAUCAAAAAUGAUGUGAAGAAGCCUUUAGUUAAACCUGCGACGCCGGACCCUCUUCCUAAGCCUGAUAACAAUACUGAUGACGACGAUGAUGAAGAAGAUGAUCUACUGAGUGCGGCUGUAGAUGAUGGUGAUGAUGACGAUGAUGAUGAUGAAGAUGAUGAUGAAGAAGAAGAGGAAGAAGAAACGGAAAAUGUUGAAGACCAUGAGGAAAAUGAUGAUGUUAAACAUGAAGAAACCACUUCUGUGGAGGGUCACGACAAAAGACCUGAUCAUGAUAAUGAUCAUGAAGUCAGUGAAGAAGAUUUGCUUGAUGAUGAUGAUGAUGAUGAUGAUGACGAAGAAGAAACAAGUUUGAUGUCAGCUUUGAUUGAUGAUGACAAUGAUGAUGAUAAUAAGAAAAAUAAAAAUGGUGGCUCGUCGACUGAAGCUUCGAAGAAAGAUAAUGAGUAUGAAAAUAUUGAUGACUUUUUUGGAAGAAAAAUGCCUGUGAGACGGGGCAGACAGAGUAAAAUAAUGAGGCUGUAAUUUAUUUAAUUGAUAUUUAUUAUUUAUUUAUUUAUUUAUUAAUUUUUUUAGAUUGAAAUUAAUAUACCACCGGAAAUUUU